AUGGCCCAGUUCGUACCGUUAGCAGCACCGCUCCUAGCAGUGGCAAAUGCCAUUGCUGAAAAUCAAAAUGCCCAACGUCAAAUCCAGUUAAGGGCUAAUGAAAAUCGCGAGGCUAUGGCUAUGAUUCAGAAACUAAACUCAGAAAACGCCCAUGUUAACAUGAAUAGGAUCAAGGAAAUGGCUGAGUAUACGCGUAAUAUGCAGACUGGCCUGACCACCAUAAUUGACCAAUGUCAUCGGCGCGAGGCUCGACAAGUGGCUGUUAUUAAUAAUCUGGUUGAAAACCAAAAAACCCAACAGGAUAACUUUAAU